UGGAUAUACUGCUAACACUAACUAACAGCACAACACAAGCACAAAAAAACUCAGAAAAUCCUUAAAUUUUGAUCGAAAUGGGGACUCUCACUAGCUGGACUAGCUUCAGCACUCUCAAUUUGAGAGACAGAAGAAUUGCAGCGUGUGAGCUCAGCCGGAGUAACACGAAGAUACAAAAUGUGGAGAGAAUCAUAAGGUCAGGGUUUCACCUCUCAGUCUCAAAACGAGAGAAAUUGUAUAGGAAAGUUAUGAGAGUUAGGUGUUUAGGUAGCAAUAAUGAUAGCGAGUUAGAUAAAAACAAAAACAUCGUUGAGAGUAAUGGUGUUACUGAUUCCAAUGUCAAAACUGUGCUGCUUGAGGACAAAGAUGACACACCAACUGAUAACCCUUCUUCUGCUUCUUCAACGCCACCGCCAACAAUAUCUCCCGUUGGACCAGCUUACAACAAUUUCCAAGUUGACUCCUUUAAAUUGAUGGAGCUUCUUGGACCUGAGAAGGUUGAUCCCACUGAUGUGAAGCUCAUCAAGGACAAACUUUUCGGCUAUUCAACCUUCUGGGUAGUAAAAGAAGAGCCAUUUGGAGAUUUUGGUGAGGGCAUUCUUUUUCUUGGUAACUUGAGGGGAACGAGGGAAGAUGUUUUUUCCAAACUUCAGACUCAGUUGGUUGAAGUCACAGGUGACAAAUAUAACCUCUUUAUGGUGGAGGAACCCAAUUCUGAAGGACCAGAUCCCAGAGGCGGGCCACGAGUUAGCUUUGGUUUGCUACGAAAAGAGGUUUCAGAACCAGGGCCUACAACACUUUGGCAAUAUGUCAUUGCAUUCUUGUUAUUUCUCUUGACUGUUGGCUCAUCUUUGGAGCUAGGCAUUGCAUCUCAGAUUAAUCGCCUUCCUCCUGAGGUAGUGAAGUACUUUACAGAUCCAAAUGCUAUCGAACCACCCGAUAUGGAGCUACUAAUCCCAUAUGUGGACUCAGCUUUGCCCCUAGCUUAUGGUAUCUUGGGAAUUCUGUCGUUUCAUGAACUUGGGCACUUUCUGGCUGCUUUUCCAAAGAAAGUAAAGCUAAGCAUUCCCUUUUUCAUUCCAAACAUCACUCUUGGCAGCUUUGGUGCAAUCACUCAGUUCAAAUCAAUUAUUCCCGAUCGAAGUACAAAAGUUGACAUAUCCCUUGCUGGUCCUUUUGCUGGUGCUGCACUUUCUUUCUCAAUGUUUGCUGUUGGCUUGCUGCUUUCAUCAAAUCCAACUGCUGCAGGAGACUUAGUACAGGUUCCUAGCAUGCUGUUUCAAGGCUCCUUGCUUCUUGGACUGAUCAGCAGAGCCACUCUCGGUUAUGCAGCAUUGCAUGCUGCAACAGUCUCUAUACAUCCUCUAGUGAUUGCAGGCUGGUGUGGCUUAACUACGACAGCUCUAAAUAUGCUUCCAGCGGGGUGCCUUGAUGGCGGAAGAGCUGUACAGGGUGCUUUCGGGAAAGGUGCACUAACUGGACUUGGGUUGGCAACAUACGCAUUACUUGGCUUAGGAGUGCUCGGUGGACCGUUGUCACUUCCAUGGGGACUAUAUGUUUUGAUAUGUCAGAGGGCACCCGAGAAAGCAUGUUUAAACGACGUGACGGAGGUCGGGACAUGGAGGCAAGCAGCAGUCGUAACAGCUAUAUUGCUAGUUGUAUUAACCCUGCUUCCAAUAGCGGACGAACUUGCUGAAGAGCUGGGUAUAGGUCUUGUAACCACAUUUUAAGGUAUUCUGCUUACAAUAAAAAUCCAAUUUUGACAAAAUGGUACUGAUGAUAGUCAAGUAUAGUAAGAGGGGGCAAUGCCCCAUUUGUAUUCAUUACUGUAAUUACCAAUUAUUAUAUUCUUUUUUAUAAAGCUUCAUGAUUUUUAUCA